AUGCAAACAAGUGAAGAGUUCGUCAAGUUCUUAGGCGAAGGUGCUUACGGUUCUGUUGAUCUCGUUAAAUACACUAAAAACGACGGCUCCUCUUUUCACGCCGCCGUCAAAACCUCCGACGCCGAAGACUACGAAUCUCUCAACAGAGAGUUUCAGAUUCUGUGCGAACUCAGUGGAUAUCCGAACAUCGUUCAAUGCUUUGGUAACGAUUUGGAACUAGGUUUCACCGAUAAGGGAUACUUUGUCUUCAAAUUGCUUCUCGAGUACGCAUCCGAAGGUAGUUUAAGCGCUUUCAUGGACAAUUACACCGACAGAAAAUUACCUGAUUACUGGGAGAUCGAUUAUCCGUUCGUUGGAACGCCUAUUUACAUGCCGCCAGAGUCUCUACACGAUGGUGUGGCGAAUAAAACCCUAGAUUUGUGGUCGUUAGGGUGCUUAGUGUUGGAGAUGUAUACAGGUCAGAUUCCAUGGAAAGGAAUGAAGUGCAGUCAGAAACAGAUUCACUCUCUGAUGCCGUAUUGGGUUGACUUUUCAUACUCUAAAGACUCUUCUUGGGUCAGGCUACAGCUAGAGGACUCAAGCUUAGAAGUCAGCUCUCUGAGCUUUUUCUCUAACACGACAUUUAAAGCAUUACCGCCAAUCAUAUUGAAACUAACUGCCGAGUCUGUGUCUUGA